AUGUCCUACGAAAGUGGGUUGAUAACUCCCUCAACCACCUCCGACAGUUCGCGAGGUCGACGGGCUGAGGCAAGCUCCACUGGCAGUUCUUCUCGUGGCUUCUUCGGCAUCUCUUGCACAAAAUACCGGGUUGGAGCACCUCCCCUGCGACCUCUGCCGAUAACUACAGUGCGCGAUACCGCACAUCUUCCCCUCGAUGCCGCACACCUUCCCAUUUUCGCGCGUUUCGAUUCAGAGUUCAAAGAGAGAGCAGAGGCCAUUUUAGCCUUGAACAGCAUCGUCUACCCUGAGUGUGAGUGUGAUUUUGUGACCCGCUGCGUUCCUGGAGAGAUCUGGACGGCCGAGCCCACUAUCCUCAUCAUCGCCGAAUGGACUCAGGAGUCACCGAACACAUGGAUGAGAGUUGUCGGGGAGCUCAAGGCAUGGAUCGAUGAUAGACUCCAUGAAUCCGGCUUCGAGGGUAGGAACGUGGCCGUUGAAAUGAUAGCCCGUCAGCUAACUAGACGAAAGAGAAUUGCGCCUGUUCUUAACAAACCAGAUCUAGAGAGGGACUGGCCAAGCAUCCUGGACUCUGUGUAUAGGAUUCUCGAAUCAUUUGACCAGACGAGAUCGCGUAUGACGUCCAUUUCCCUCUUCCGUCUCGGUUUUAGCGUGGUACGCGAGGUGAACCCUAUAACGGUCUACAUAUCUGUCGACUACGACUGUCGGGAGAGUACCUGGCCUCCUGUGAUCCGAGCCAUCGAAACCUACAUCCAGGGCACUAUACACGACCUCCACGUCCAUAUGGAGCACAACUUGCCGCAGAAUUGGGCAUUCCCUCUGCUGCUGCCAACCGUGAACGACCAGGAGGCAAGAUAUCCGGAUGAGGAACUGCGGCUCAUGAUCGAAGGGGACUACCAGGCGACCGUGGACAUGGGGGCCGAGAUUGGCCCUUCCCGAUACAUCACUAGGGAUGAUGGCAAGCAGUGCAACCCUGGAUACGGAACAUUAGGUUGCUAUGUCGAGAUCAAGACAAAGCAGAAGCAACAAUGGGCAAAAUUCGGGCUCACAAACUACCACGUCGUCCGCUCGGCUCUCGAAGGCUACCGCUUCAAAUCCAAAGUGCCAAAAGCCCUUGACGACCCACCCCAAGGCUCGGAUCUGUGGAGAUCAGACCGCGAUGGGUUUAGCCCCACGGCCCGAGAGCCACGAUACCCAAUGGAGCAUCCUUCUCGGAUCUGCCAUAACUACACCGUCGACCAGGUGCAGUGCCGUGUUGCAUUUCUGCAAGCUGAAGGCCCCGCUAGCCAAACGAUGGCCAAGGCUACCGCGCAGCAGCUGAAUCGAAAGAUCGCUUUCUUUGACGAGAAUCGCCAGCAUCUGGGAAGAAUAUGGGCAGGCUCUGGAUGGGGAAGACGAACUCCUCAAAAUAACCGCCUGGAUUGGGCGUUGAUCGAGGUUGAGGGAAAUCGCCUUGGCAGGAAUGCGCUACCGGGAUGUGAGACUUGGUGUGAGCAAUAUGAUGCCGGCCUUCUCCCGGCCUUAGUUGGGCGAACUGGCUUCCUCAAGCCACGGACGAAGAUGUCGGCGAAGGACGCUGUACCGGGAACAAAUGCAUACAAGGUUGGCGCUAGGACAGGAGCAACGGCCGGGUACAUUAGCCACUACCAAUCUCGCAUCAGGCUCAAGCAGGACUCGUACAUGAACGCCACCGUCUCGGAUGAAUGGGUUUUUAUGGGUCAUCCGCCCUUGGCAGUGACCAUGUUUCGGCCAUUUGCCAACCAUGGCGACUCGGGUGCAGUGGUCUACAACUCGCAGGGGUCGGUAUUGGGCCUGUUGUUUGCGGGACAGAAACCGCAACAAUAUCACCCAGAGGCGUUUAGUUACAUCACGCGAAUUGAGGACGUAUUUAAGGACAUUAUAGACUCUAGUGGAGGGGACAUAACAGACAUUCGCAUUGCAAUGUCUUGA